AUGGCUACUGUAUCUCCUGAUUUUAGGCGAAGAAGAGAAUCGGAUGAUGAGGAGGAACCCAGUCCAGGCGAGGAGGAAUCUUUAUUAGCAAAAUUGGAAGAGAGUAAAGAGAUGAGAAAAUUUAGACGUCGGCAGGGAGGUAUCAGUGCAGAAGGACUUUUGGUUGGGGAAAAGGUCGAAAAGAAGGAAGGUCCAGAUGAUGACCCGUUCAAGACUAAGACGGGCGGAAUGCUGGACCUGAACCAAGUGAAAAAUGCCAAGAAGACGUCUGAUGAUGCUUAUGAUACGGGCAUUGGAACGUCCUUCUCAGCAGAAACUAACAGACGUGAUGAAGAUGCAGAAAUGCAAAAAUACAUCGAGGAGAAUCUUGCAAAGCGUAAGGGACUUACAUCUGUCGAAAAACAGGAUGAUACCCCAAGACACCUGACCCUUGAGGAAGCAGCUCUGCAUGCUGUCCCAGAUGAGAUAGACAACAAGAGGGUUUCGACAACAAAGAAGAGUGAGGAGAUGUUGAGUAACCAGAUGUUGAGUGGUAUUCCCGAGGUGGAUUUGGGGCUUGAAGCAAAGAUCCGGAACAUUGAGGCGACAGAGGAAGCCAAACAGAAACUGCUUCGUGAAAGGAUGAUGAAGAAAGAACGACCCUCAGAAUUUGUUCCCAAGAACAUGGCCGUCAACUUUGUACAACACAACAGAUUUAAUCUUGAGGAGGCUGGGCCAGCAAAGAAAAAGGAGAAGAAGGUGCAGGAAAUUGUGGAACCUGUAGUGGGAGGUGGUGUCAAGAUAUCGACCAUAGCCCCUAAAAGACCUCCAGGAGAGAAGGCCACGGAUGACUUCCAUUAUGAAAAAUUCAAGAAGCAGUUCAGACGGCAUUAGCCCACAUUUAUUUUAAUAUUUGUUUUAUUUUUAUUAUUAUUGUUAUUUUUAAAAUAUAAAACAGGGAUUUGUUACAUACAUUACCCAGGUUGAUUUGUAAUUUGGAAAUAAAACGUAUAUUAUCUGAA